CGCCGCCAUGGAGGCGGCCGCCGCCGCUGGCGCAGCUGGCGCAGCCCCGCCGCCCGCCCGGCCCCGCACCCCCUGAGCCCCGCGCACCCCUCCCGCUCCAGCAUGAGCGGCGGCAGCGGCGGCGGCUCCUCGGCACCCGGCCGCUUCGCCGACUACUUCGUGAUCUGCGGGCUGGACACCGAGACCGGGCUGGAGCCGGACGAGCUCUCCGCUUUAUGCCAGUAUAUUCAGGCCUCUAAAACCCGAGAUGGUGCCAGCCGUUUCAUUUCAAGUGCAACAGAAGGGGAAAACUUUGAACAGACUCCGUUAAGACGCACAUUUAAAUCCAAAGUUCUUGCUCGCUAUCCUGAGAAUGUUGAAUGGAACCCUUUUGAUCAGGAUGCAGUGGGAAUGCUGUGUAUGCCUAAAGGGCUUGCUUUCAAGACACAAGCAGAUUCCAGAGAACCUCAGUUCCACUCUUUUAUUAUUACUCGUGAAGAUGGCUCACGGACAUUUGGAUUUUCUCUCACAUUUUUUGAGGAAGUUACUAGCAAACAGAUCUGCAGUGCAAUGCAGACAUUGUACCAUAUGCACAAUGCUGAAUAUGACAUUCUUCAUACUCCACCCACAAAUGAGAAAGAUAGCUGCAGCAGCACUGGAGACUGCAAUGGCACUUCUGUUUCAAAGCUACAGCGUUUUAACUCCUAUGACAUCAGCAGAGACACACUUUAUGUCUCAAAGUGCAUUUGUCUGAUUACUCCAAUGUCUUUUAUGAAAGCUUGUAAGAAAGUACUGGAACAACUUCACCAAGCAGUGACUUCGCCUCAGCCACCACCUCUACCUUUAGAAAGCUACAUCUACAAUAUUCUCUAUGAGGUUCCUCUUCCCCCAGCAGGAAGGUCAUUAAAAUUUUCAGGUGUUUAUGGACCAAUUAUCUGCCAGAGGCCAAGCACCAGUGAACUACCAUUAUUUGAUUUUCCAGUUAAAGAAGUUUUUGAAUUGCUUGGAGUAGAAAACGUUGUUCAGCUCUUUACCUGUGCCCUCUUGGAAUUUCAGAUACUGCUUUAUUCACAGCAUUAUCAGAGACUGAUGACUGUGGCAGAGACCAUCACAGCACUAAUGUUUCCAUUUCAGUGGCAGCAUGUGUAUGUUCCUAUCCUUCCAGCAUCCCUCCUUCAUUUUCUAGAUGCUCCUGUCCCUUACCUCAUGGGUUUGCACUCUAAUGGGCUGGAUGACAGGUCUAAGUUGGAACUUCCUCAAGAGGCUAACCUGUGCUUUGUGGAUGUAGACAACCAUUUCAUCGAGCUGCCAGAAGACUUGCCCCAGUUCCCAAAUAAACUUGAGUUCAUUCAGGAAAUUUCAGAGAUACUAAUGGCUUUUGGAAUUCCACCUGAGGGAAACCUUCACUGCAGUGAAAGUGCCUCCAAGAUGAAGAGCCUCAGAGCAUGUGACCUGGUUUCUGAUAAAAGAAAUGGGAACAUAGCAGGAUCACCUUUGAACUCCUAUGAACUGCUAAAGGAAAAUGAGACUAUAGCAAGACUCCAAGCACUUGUUAAAAGAACAGGUGUGAGUCUAGAAAAGUUGGAGGUGCGAGAGGAGACCAGUAGCAAAAAGGAUCUUAAAAUUCAGUGUGAAGAAGAAGAAUUCAAAAUCUACCAGCUGAACAUUCAAAUCCGAGAAGUUUUUGCCAACCGCUUUACACAAAUGUUUGCAGAUUAUGAAGUAUUUGUCAUUCAACCCAGUCAGGACAAGGAAUCUUGGUUUACAAACAGGGAACAGAUGCAAAACUUUGAUAAAGCAUCUUUCUUGUCGGACCAGCCUGAACCUUACUUGCCUUUCCUCUCAAGAUUCCUGGAGACCCAAAUGUUUGCAUCUUUUAUUGACAAUAAGAUUAUGUGCCAUGAUGAUGAUGAUAAAGAUCCUGUUUUGAGAGUAUUUGAUUCUAGAGUGGAUAAAAUUAGGCUGCUAAAUGUUAGGACACCAACUCUGCGCACAUCUAUGUAUCAAAAGUGUACAACCAUUGAUGAGGCUGAGAAAUCGAUUGAACUAAGACUAGCAAAAAUAGAUCACACUGCAGUCCAUCCACACUUGCUGGACAUGAAAAUUGGACAGGGGAAAUAUGAGCUUGGAUUUUUUCCCAAGCUUCAGUCUGAUGUUUUAUCUACUGGACCAGCAAGCAACAAAUGGACAAAGAGAAAUGCCCCUGCACAGUGGAGGCGGAAGGACAGACAGAAGCAACACACCGAGCACCUGCGUCUUGACAAUGAUCAGAGAGAGAAGUAUAUCCAGGAAGCCAGGAAUCUGGGCAGCACUAUUCGGCAGCCCAAGCUGUCUAACCUCUCUCCAUCGGUAAUUGCACAAACCAACUGGAAGUUUGUGGAAGGUUUGCUGAAGGAAUGUCGAAAUAAGACCAAGAGGAUGUUGGUUGAAAAAAUGGGUCGAGAAGCUGUGGAGCUAGGUCAUGGAGAAGUGAAUAUCACAGGCGUAGAAGAGAAUACCCUGAUAGCCAGUCUGUGUGACCUCUUAGAAAGGAUAUGGAGCCACGGUCUGCAAGUCAAGCAGGAUAGAAGCUGUACUGCUUUCGUCUUAGAGGACAGAGCAUCAGCAUACUCUGCUUCAACUCAGAUUUGGGCCUUUCAGACCACCAGGAGGCCAACCCUACAUAAGGGAAAGUCUGCUUUGUGGUCUCAUCUGCUACAUUACCUAGAAAACAGACAGAGAAAAACUACAUCAGGCAGUUUCAGUACCUCAGGAAUACUUCUUGAUUCAGAAAGGAGGAAGUCUGAUUCCAGUCCAGCCAUGUCACCUCUUAGAAUCUCUCUCAUCCAGGACAUGAGACAUAUCCAGAACAUUAGUGAGAUCAAAACAGAUGUUGGCAAGGCCAGAGCCUGGGUUCGUCUCUCUAUGGAAAAGAAGUUGCUCUCUAGGCAUCUAAAACAGCUGCUUUCAGAUCAUGAACUCACAAAAAAGCUCUACAAGCGUUACGCAUUCCUCCGCUGUGAUGAUGAGAAAGAACAAUUCUUGUAUCAUCUCCUGUCAUUCAAUGCUGUUGAUUACUUUUGCUUUACCAAUGUUUUCACAACAAUCUUGAUACCAUACCAUAUAUUGAUUGUUCCUAGCAAGAAACUUGGUGGCUCAAUGUUUACUGCCAAUCCUUGGAUCUGUAUCUCAGGAGAACUGGGUGAAACAGCAGUCCUGCAGAUUCCCAGGAAUAUAUUAGAAAUGACUUUUGAGUGCCAGAACCUGGGAAAGCUGACCACGGUGCAAAUAGGACAUGAUAAUUCAGGGCUGUAUGCCAAGUGGCUAGUGGAAUAUGUUAUGGUCAGAAAUGAAAUAACAGGGCAUACUUACAAGUUUCCCUGUGGAAGGUGGCUUGGAAAGGGAAUGGAUGACGGCAGCUUAGAGAGGAUCCUGGUGGGAGAGUUGUUGACUUCCCACACUGAGGCUGAUGAGCGGCAGUGCCGAACCCCUCCCUUGCAGCAGUCACCAAGCAUGAUCAGAAGAUUUGUCACUAUAUCACCAAACAAUAAGCCAAAGUUAAAUACUGGUCAGAUACAGGAAGCUAUUGGUGAAGCUGUCAAUGGUAUUGUCAAGCAUUUCCACAAGCCAGAGAAGGAGAGAGGCAGUCUGACACUGUUGCUGUGUGGAGAAAGUGGACUUGUUUCAGCUCUUGAGCAAGUGUUUCAGCAUGGAUUUAAAUCACCAAGACUCUUCAAAAAUGUCUUUAUUUGGGACUUCUUAGAAAAAGCACAAACAUACUAUGAGACCCUUGAGCAGAAUGAAAUGGUCCCAGAAGAGAACUGGCAGACAAGGGCCAGGAAUUUCUGUCGCUUUAUCACUGCUAUCAACAACACCCCUAGAAACAUUGGGAAGGAUGGCAAGUUUCAGAUGCUGGUGUGUCUUGGAGCCAGAGACCACCUUUUGCACCACUGGAUCGCCCUGCUCGCAGACUGCCCGAUCACAGCACAGAUGUAUGAAGACAUAGCACUGAUUAAGGAUCAUACUCUUGUGAAUUCUCUGAUUCGAGUGCUGCAGACCUUACAGGAGUUCAACAUUACCCUGGAGGCAUCUCUUGUCAAAGGAAUCGAUAUUUGACCUCUUGUCCCACAGGAAAAGCCCAAAAGAAGAAAAAAAAGCAACAAGGAGUGAUUCUUAUUCGUAUGCAGAAGUUCUGUCUGCCAGUAUCGUGAACUUGUUCAUGGCCCUAAAAUGAGACUUUGACUUUUCUUGAAGGAAACUCCAAAAACAGUACAGGCAAAUGGAUAGAAGCUGUAAACUCGGUGUAAAAAAGAGGAUUUUGGUAUAAAUCUAUUUUAGAGUUUAUUUGCUGGUUUGCUUUUUACACACUUUCAUGUGAAAGAGAUAGAGAUGAGUAUUGUGCAGCUUAUUUUAAAGCUGCAGUAUUUCCUUGCCAUAGAAAAUGUGCAGUGAGCCUUUCAGCAUUCUGUGACCUUGCCUUCAGAUAUGCUGUAUGUCAUAGAGCCCAAUGUAUACACUCCAUUUCUGCUGAGAAGGUCAUUCUAUAGUUUUUAAACUAAUAUUUUAUAUAUUAACAUUAUUACCAAUGUUUGAUUUUUAACUUAUCGGGUCAUGUUCUGCUGCAAGGGAACUACAAAUCUGAUGUGUGCUUUUUUUAAUAGCUCCAAAGCACUGAUUUGUCAACAAAUAAUUUUUUCCUUUGUUUUUGUUGUCAGUAUUAUUUUUAGUGAAAAUCCAGGAGACUGAACCAUGAAAUGUGCAGAGAUCAAAGUGAUAUUUUUCAUAUUAGUACAUAAUUGCACAGAAGAAAUUACUUGUGUUUUUUAACUGAUGUUUUUUAUUUAUUUAACCUAUGGUUGUGUUUUGUAAGUUUGUCUUGAAACAAACAGAAAAACUUCUAUGAUACAACUGGCUAUAUCAUGCUGUAAUUCAGAAUUUACAGUGCAGCCCACUUAAAUGAAAAACCUGGAAUAAUUGUUCCUAACACAAAAACGUUUCCACUUGAACUAGCCUUUUGAAGUUUGGUGUAUGGUUGCUGCUGGUAAUUCUCUUAACUGCUAAUAAAAAGGGACACGUGUUCCUUCCCCCAAAUGCCAGAUGACUAAAUAAAGAUGUUUAUGCUCCCACAGAAUAAUAAUGCUAUAUCUUACUAACAAAGAUAAGGAUUUCCUAAUUUUUCAGAAAAUACAGUGAGUAGUACUUAUUUUUGUUUUUGUUUUUUUUUUUUUUUCCUUUUGAAGGAAAUUGUCUUGGAUCCUGUUAUCACAGCCUGCUUCAUUUGGGAUGCUUUUGUUUUUUCACAGAGAAAGCUUUAGUCCACUUCUACAAUAAAAUACGAACAAUUUGAAAGCUUAGUUUAUUGGAGAUCUGGAACUUGGCAAAUGCCUAAAGGCAUCUCUGUUCAUUUGAAACCUCUGAUAAAAAUCUCUUUGAAAUAGAUAUGUGAGUUAAGAACAGGCUGAUUUAUCAGCAUCACAAAUUCCUGUACAGAAAAUCAGGGCUAUGUAUUUAAGAGGUCUCCACUGUAUAAACUUAUCUCAGUAUUGUCUCUCUUUUGAGAAGCAGAGUCCAAGUUUUUUGGUUCAUACCAUGUUGUAGCACCUUUUCUUUACCUACAGCUUAGUCACAUCUUGUGAUAGUUUCAUUUCCAUAAUUUAUAAGUAUAGCACAUGUAUUAAAUUUUGACUAUUUUUACUUUUGUCUUAUUUAUUUCAUUAUUAAAGUGAGAAGUUCCUUUGUCACUACUUAUCAGAGCAAGAUUCUUUUUUGAUUUCACAGUAGCAUUAGGAAGAUGCAAGGGCAAUGUCCAAGCCACUCCUCAUGCUGGGUGGAUGUGAAUUCUUCCACAGUCUGGGGCUUACAGGAGCAUUUCACAGAAGUGUUUUGUGUGUGUGUAGCCUUGGUUUUAUUGAUUAUUUUUUUAAAAAAAUUAUUUUCCCCAUCUCUGGAGGGACAAAAAUAAACCAAGUGUACUUUAUUCUUAGAAUUUCAUGUAUUCCACUUAAUAUUUUCGGAUAAUCUUUAUACACUUGCCCCAAAUUGUUUGUUUAUAUAUUAAUAUUAGAAAAAAAACCAUCAUGCACAGUGCUUUCAGCUAUAUUUAAGAUGGCUUUACUGGGCCUGUGUAUUUCACAGGGAAUAUGCCUACAUAAGAAAGGAGGGUUGGAUUCAUUAUUUUGACCUUAACAGAUUAGUUGAUCCAGUUAAAAUUUUAUCUUGCUUAGUAUUAAGUAUGGAUUAAUUUUAUCUUGCAUGAGGUAAUUAACCCUGAAUUAAGGUGUUUGGUUUUGUUUUGGUUUUGGUUUUGUGGGGGUUUUUGUUUGUUUGUUUGUUUGUUUUUUGUUUGUUUGUUUGUUUCUUUUUUCUUUGCACAAGUUUACCUAGUGUGGCAUGAUACCAGAGAUUUAAUUGGCUUUCUUUGGUGUGGAUCUUUUUGGUCUCAUUAUGCUAAUGAGCAGUACCUGGGUUGGGCAUAGGCUGGGUUUGCUGGUUCCCAAGUGGUGGGUUCUUAGGCUGGUACAUGAGGAUGAAGCUGCCCAUAAGUGACAGCACCCUGUUUUGCUUGCUGUCCAAAUGAAAAGGAAGAUGCAGAGGUCAUCUUCCCAGCUCCUCAGUUACAGUCACAGGAAAGACCACUUUGUGAUAGACCUUUUCUGCACCUCUUACAGUGGGGACUAUGUUUAAUCCCAGUAGCAUUCAAAGCACUUUUUGGUAUGGACUUUUGAAUCUGGAAGGAUGUGCUCCACUGAAGAACAGUAGAAGGUUCUGAAAUGCAGAGAAAAAAAGUUGUUUUUGUUGAAUCCCAAGGCUAUCAAGGAAGAAUAAGAUAUUAAAUACAGCUCUGUGGUAGCCUGUGCUAGGAUCUUGGGAAGAGAUUUGGCUGGCAUAUCUAAGGACACUUCAGGCUGUAGUAGCCAUAAUCCCUACCACUCUUAAGUGUUUACCACAAACCAGCCUCCUGCUUUCAUUGCUGGAGCUGUCACCAAUCUCACAGAAUAAUGUUUGGUUCCAGCAUUAGCUCCUUCCAUGCCAUUCUGCUGAAUUGGAUGACCCUGGAUAAGAGCAAAUUGUAUAGUUGGCAUCUUUCAGGCUUUUAAUUGGGGCUUUGUAAAAUCCAUCUCAAUUUUUAAAACUUGCACCACAUCAUUUGUUUAGAAAUAGAAUAAUGCAAUUGUAACCUUUUUUUCCUGCUUCUUCUGUAAAAUAAGGGAGCAGAUUUGGUAGCUGCAGGUUAAUGUGGCUAUGCUGUUUUGUUGGUGGCUGUUUUUUGUUUUGUUUUUGUAACAGUUAAUGGGGAAAGAAUGUUGUUUUAACUGCAGGCAUACGUUCUGUAGAAAGAAAUACAAUGAGCAAGUACUUCAUAAUGCAGUAAAUAUAUAGUGCUAAAUUGGUCAGACACAUUUACAAGGUGAUACCUGAUUUGAGGAAAAAAACCCAGACUAUCACCUAUCCAUUAGUCAUGCAUUUUUGAUGAAUGCUGUCAGAGGUGAUACAAUGAUAGUUCAAAUAAAAAGAAAAAGCAAAUUAAUAAAGACUUGUUUUAAAUGUAAUGAAAUGCCAUGAUAAUAACUUUAUUAAAUAAUAGCCUUUACCUGCCAUAAACUUAACCACCUGACAUUCUAUAUCUGAAAACAUAACAAACUGAAGACUAUUCCACAAGUUUUUCCAUUAUGAAGAGUAUUUUUCAAGUUGUUCAAAUUGAUCAAAUGAAACCUCUAGCCAGAUUAUCCAUAUUUUUAUGGUUUUAAUUCAUGAAUAUAUUAAGAUUUCUGCAGUGAAACUGUUCAGAUUUAACUUUUCCUGUGUACUGUCAAAUUAUUUUUGUCCAUAGUGGAAGAUGCUAUAGGACACUUGAAAAUACUUGAAGAUAUUGUACACAUGCUUCACAUCUUUGUAGUUCUUUAUUUUGUAUCUAGAGAUUGACUGUUAAACUAAGGUAAAGCAUCAAUACCUUACAAACUAUAUAUAUUUUACUAUGUGGGGAAAUCACUGGCAUGUUUUUUUUAUGGGCGAACAUUGAAGUUUACAUCAUAAUGAUAAAACCAGGUACUGUUUCCCUUUUUUAUUUUUCCUGUGACGUUUCAAUCCAUUGGACAUUAAAUGUGAAAUGGAUAUACAAAA